AUUAUUUUGAAAAAUUAUUAAUUAAAUAAUAAGUAUAUUAUAUAUAUUUUUGAAAGAAAUUAAUAAUAAGUAUAUAUAUAUAGAAGAAAGCAUUGAGGGGAAAGAAGAAGAAGAUUCGAAGAAGAGGAUCUCUUCUUCUCAACUCAACUCAGCUCAGCAAGGUAGGCAGCCAUGGCGUCCAAGCGGAUCUUGAAAGAGCUCAAGGAUCUUCAAAAGGAUCCUCCUACCUCUUGCAGCGCUGGCCCAGUAGCCGAAGACAUGUUUCAUUGGCAAGCAACAAUUAUGGGUCCACCAGACAGCCCAUAUGCGGGUGGAGUGUUUCUUGUCACUAUUCAUUUUCCUCCAGACUAUCCAUUUAAACCACCAAAGGUUGCAUUCAGAACAAAGGUCUUUCACCCUAAUAUCAACAGCAAUGGUAGUAUCUGUCUCGAUAUACUGAAGGAGCAGUGGAGCCCUGCCUUAACCAUAUCCAAGGUAUUGCUUUCAAUUUGCUCGUUGCUGACCGAUCCCAAUCCGGAUGACCCGUUGGUGCCCGAGAUCGCCCAUAUGUACAAGACUGAUAGGAAUAAGUAUGAGACAACUGCAAGAAGCUGGACUCAGAAGUAUGCUAUGGGUUAGUAUAUGCUCUCUGCUAAAGCUGUGUCUUUAAGUGGGGGCAAUG